AUGUACUUCUUUCCACAACGAGGUUUGCUAGGGAAUUCCGUGUUCAGGAGGCAUGAUGGCUGCAACUGGGACAAUAUCAAGAAGUUAGUAUGCCCCAUGCAACUGGACCUCUUGCAGUCCAACAAGGCCAUGAUCAAGCACCUGCAGAUGAAGUCCUCACAGCUGGCCCAGUUCGAUGACAUUGGGAAACUCGGAAACAGCCUAACUGUGGACUCUCUCAGCUCGACGCAUACCCAUUAUUUGCUGUGGGCCAACAGCCAGGAAGAGGCCGUUCUCAACAUCCAAGGUGUGUUAGCAGAAGUGUACAUACCCCCCAUUACCACUGCAGAGAUGAAAUCCCUGACCAAAGCAUAUCAAUCCAUGAAGAUCGUUGCUCUUGAGGACGACAAGCAGUUUGCCUCUGCAUUACAUGCUAUUGAUAACAUCGAGAACUUUAUGAUGAGGCAUUCCUCUCCCAUGGACCAUCCGAUGGCUCCAACCUUCAUAGGAGACCUUAGUGCCAUCCAUGCAGAGAAUCGUCUGCUUGUUCCCAGACACUUCUGUAGUGAUGCAGCUAUUGACCCGUCUCAAGAGGUGGAUGCGAAUGGAGUAUUGCGUGCUACGAUCAGGAAGGGUAUGCACAUGUAUAUGGAUGAUAACGUGGUACUUUUCCAAGAGUGGACGAAAGAUAAUGGCAAUAAGACAUGA